CCCGCCUCUACCAUCGUUACAGUACCCGCCCUUCGUCUCCUUUAAAAAACACGAAAACCCUUAUCGUGCUUACUCCAGUCGACGCCGCUCAAGCCCCUCUUCUCCCAGCACAAGAUGGCAUCAGCCGAAGCUUGCCUUGGCUCAGUGGAUCACUCACAGAAAUCAUGAUCUCUUUUGGCAAGUCUAUAUGGCAUUCAAUUGCCCUGCUUAACCUCUGCGUUUGCUGAUUAUCUGUCUGUUGAUCACCAAUGGCAACUUUUUUCUUACGGUAUGCAUCACCAACUUCUGUUGCAAACGCUGAAGCCAGAAAAAAUAGAUUGUUGGUGCCCGUCUCACUUGGUGUUUGCAGAAAAGGAAAUAUCCCUCUCACGCGACCUGUGUAUGCUGAAAGACGAUGCAGAAGUUGUAGAAAGUUUUUGUGUGACGCUUCAAAUGAUUCUUUACAAAACCGCACAUCUGAAAUGUUUACAGGUGUAGCGAGAAGCACCAAGGAAGAGGCACAGCCAGUAUUGGAGAUGACUUCUGAUUUUGAGAAGCAAAACAAGGGAUACUCACUUUUGUUUAGAACGGAAUUUGAUGGGUUGGUCAAGGUGUUUGUGGGAGCCAUUAAAAUGAAAUAUACCGUUUGCAUUGAAGUUCAAUCCUUACCCCAAUCUUUGACCAGUCAUAAUUUGAUACUCUUCUGGGGCAUGUUCAGAUCUGAUUCCUUGCCAUUUCAUGGUCCAGAUUCCCACAGUUCAGUUUUACCUACAACGAAGUUCAAACCGGAAGCAAGUCAACAUCUCAUGAAGACACCAUUUGUGCGGGACUCAUGUAGGCACAUUCUCGUGCUAGAUUUUGAUCAAAAUGAUGUCCCUUUUUACCUCUCAUUCUUUCUUCAGUCUGAUGGCACUGGCCAAGAACGAACGAUAAGAACGCACAGAAAAACAAACUUCUGCGUGCCUGUUGGUUUAGGCCCAGGGUAUCCUAUGGCCUUGGGUGUUUCCUCAUCCAAUGAUGGAUUAGCCAACUUUUCUCUUUUUUCAAGGAACGCAAAGAGUGUAGUUUUGUGCUUCUACAAGAGCAAAACAAGUGAACCUUCUUUGGAAAUUGAUUUGGAUCCAUAUGUUAAUCACACUGGCGAUAUUUGGCAUGUUUCAGUCCAUAGUAUCACAAAUUAUAUCGGCUAUGGUUAUCGCUGUAAAGGAGAUAUUUCUUGGGAUGGAGGAAGUAGUUCCAAUGCUCAUCAUGUUCUUUUGGAUCCAUAUGCUAAGUCGAUUGGAAACCUUUCUUCUGAUCAAGGUGAAUCAGCAUGUAUGGUUAAGUGUCUUGGCUAUCUACGGAAGGAACCUAAUUUUGAUUGGAACGGUGAUACCCAUCCACAAAUACCAAUGGAAAAGCUGAUCAUAUACCGUUUAAAUGUCAGACAGUUUACAAAGAGUGAAUCUAGUGAAUUGGCUAUAAAUGUUGCUGGAACUUUUGCUGGUGUAGUUAAGAAAGUGCAGCAUUUGAUAAAUCUUGGAAUUAAUGCUGUGCUGUUAGAACCGGUUUUUUCCUUUGAUAAGAAGAGAGGCCCUUAUUUCCCUUAUCACUUCUUUUCGCCAAUGAGUAUAUAUGGCGGUGUGGAUGAAAGCAUAUCUUCUGUGUAUUCCAUGAAGGAAAUGGUUAAGAUACUGCAUUCACAUGGAAUUGAAGUUCUCCUGGAAGUUGUUUUCACUCAUACUUGUGAGGUGGGGGAUUCCGAUAGCCAAAUAAUAUCACUUCUUGGAAUUGAUAAUCCGUCAUACUAUAUUGUUGAUGGAAAUGUUCAUUUAGAAAAUUGCAGUGCAUUAAAAUGCAAUGACCCUAUUGUUCAACAGAUGAUUUUAGAUAGUCUCCAUCAUUGGGUGACUGAAUUUCAUGUUGAUGGAUUUUGUUUCAUUAACUCUUCAAGCUUGCUUCAAGGUUCUAACGGUGACCAUUUACCUCGCCCACCUCUAGUUGAAGAUAUUGCCUUUGACCCUUUGCUCUCGGAAACAAAGAUCAUAUCAGAUUGUUGGUCACCUAUUGACAUGUCAUAUAAAUAUGCCAUUUUCCCACACUGGCAAAGGUGGGCUGAGAUGAACUCAAAAUAUUUCCUUGAUGUAAGAAACUUCUUAAGAGGUCAAGGGCUACUUAGUCAUCUUGCCACCCGACUUUGUGGAAGUGGAGAUAUUUUCACAGCUUCUAGGGGACCUGCUUAUUCAUUUAACUAUAUCACAAAAAAUGCUGGUCUUACUCUUGUUGAUUUGGUCAGCUUCAGUGGUGCUGAUCUUGCUUCAGAGUUGAGCUGGAACUGUGGUGUAGAAGGUCCCACUGAAAAAAAUUCUGUCCUUGAAAUAAGACUUAGACAAGUAAGGAACUUCUUGUUCAUCUUAUUUAUUUCACUAGGUGUUCCUGUCAUAAACAUGGGAGAUGAGUGUGGCUACUCUACUGGCGGGUUACCAUUUUACGAUAAUAGGGUGCCUAUUGAUUGGAAAAGUCUUAGAACUGGAUUUAGCAUACAAAUUACAAAGUUUGUUGCAUUUCUUGCUUCACUCAGGAAUCGAAGAAGUGAUGUUUUCCAAAGGAAGAUAUUUUAUAAAGCUGAAAAUAUAACCUGGUAUGGAAGUAAUCUAUCUCUACCUAAAUGGGAGGAUCCAUCCUGCAAGUUCCUUGCCAUGGAGUUAAAGGCUGAAAAGGAUGUCAAAUCACGAAAUUCAUAUAAUGGAGACUUAUUUAUUACCAUCAAUGCUAGUGAUCUCCCGGAACUGGUAACUUUGCCCGAAUCAUCAGCAGGAUAUGUCUGGUUUCGUCUGGUUGAUACUUCUCUUCCUUAUCCAUAUUUUUUCUCAAGUGAUUCUAAUCCAAAUUCUCAAAAGAAUGCAGGGUUAUCUUCUUAUGAACUAAAGCCACAUACCUGUGCCUUAUUUGAAGCAAAAAUUUUCAAUAUUUGAGCUUCUAUGGCCUUUAACUACUCUACUGUUCUUCAGUUUAGCGAGUAAUUAUAUAUUCUCUCAAAAUUGCAAGAUAAUGACCCUAUUUGAUCUUUUCCUAAUAACCCAUUGGGCGUGUUCUUGUUAUGGACGUAUGGCCCAGUUGUAAGAUUGUGGUGAAAUAAGCUGUCUUUAUGAUUUGAUUCUUUUCCACGUGGGUACCAGGUAUGUAUUUAGUAAAAUGGUAGCCUGUACAAGUAAUUUAGCUUCUCUGAUGCCACUUGCUUAUUUUUCUUUAACGACAACCAAUAAGCAUAAUUUUUUACUUUGA